AUGACUGAAGGAAGUACUGACGCCCACCCGAUGAAACGAAAAGAUAAAAGAACAAGAAUGCCUGACGACGACGUGAACAAGGAAAGUAAGAGACAAAGAACCAAAGAGAAAAAGUUUGAUCAGGUUCACACAGCCAUCAAGCGUCUCAUGUUCGCCGUCGACGGUGGCAGUAGGCCUGAAGAUCUUGUAAGGUUGACCGGUAGCAAUCCUGAGGUGGUGGAGAUCAAUGAGCCCAAGUGCGUUGAGUAUUUGAACAAGAUACAUGACCAAAUUGUUGAGCUAAAACAAAAUAGUAUCAAAAAGAGAAAAGCAAACUGGUCUGGGCUUCCCACUGAGCUUCUAGAGUCCAUCUUGAAAAAGCUUAUACCUUCUGAAUUUGACAUCCUUGGCUUUAGAGAUAUUCGAUAUUUUAAAGCCGUCUGUCAUUCCUGGAGAACCGCCGCAAUAUCUUGUAGCUCUUACGUCCCGUUGCCUCGAACUCCGUGUCUCUUGCUUCAUGAAAACAACUCCUCCCUUUUUGAUCCCAUAGGAAAGAAGGUGCACCAAAUCAGGAACAUCUGUGACUUUUUUCCUCGAGCCACCUGUGUGGGUUCAUCAUAUGGGUGGAUUGUCAUGUUUUACGAAGAUGAAGAUUCGAAAGAAUCAAUGGCACAUCUUUUUAACCCGAUUUCAAGAGCCAGCAUUCCAAUCCCAGGCACACAGACCCUUCAAGACUACAGCCUUGCAAACAAAAUUUCUAAAGCUAUUGUUUCGUCCAAUCCGUCUAGCAACAAAAACUUUUUUGUGGUAGUGGAAUAUAAGGGAAAUCUAGCAUACUAUAAGCUUGGCGACGGAGACAAAUCAUGGCGAAAGUUGGGCGAUAAUAACAGACACAAAUAUAUUAUGUUUCACAAUGACCAAUUAAUUGCAUUGUCCCGGGGGUUAACUGAGAUUUGGAACUUCAAGGAAUACCCUCCUCGACGACCUCGGCGUAUUGAAGACUCUCCUACCGACGGACGGGUUGAAGAUUCCUAUUUGGUGGAGUCAUUGACGGGUGAUAUUUUACGUGUGGGAAAAAGUGUGAAAGAAAGAGGUAUGGAUGGGACUUCACAGUUUUCUGUGAAAAAGUUAAACUUAGCGGAAAGCAAAUGGGAAAAUGUGCAAAGUUUAGGCGACCAGAGCUUGUACUUGUUUCGUGAACAUGUAAUGUCAUUGCCGAACCCAUGUUUCUUAGGAUGUGAGAAAAACUCAAUCUACUUCGCAACAACAAAAGUUGAAGAAUAUAGAAUAUACAACCUUGAUGAAGGUAAAGUAAUUAGGAAGGAGUCAUUUAGUGAAAAUGUACAAUUGAAUGCUUGUUGUAAACCAUUUUGGAUUGUUCCUAAUCCAUGGUGA